AUGUUGGUAACACUUGUGCUCCCUUGUUUCGUGCUAAUUGAAAUUACGUACGGAUUACCACCCACAAUACCAGUAAAUCGAAAUGCUGGUUUUAAUCUGCAACAGAGAUACAAUGAAAGGUUCCUUCAAAAGCAAAAUAUUCCACAAGUGAACAGAGACAUUAGGGUUCCAUAUAAUGGUUUACAGAAUCUUGGUGUUCCUAUUAAUCACCAAACAAAUGUGCCUCAAAAUAUUGCAGCUACACAAAACAGAAAUAUCUACAACAUACCAAAUGCUUUAAAUGAAAAUGAAAGAAGGAUCAUUCAACAAGCGAAGCCACAAUUGAAUAGAAAUAUUGGAGUUGUACCACCGAAUCGAAACCUACAACAGAUAUAUCCACCACAAAAGCUAAACCAACAAGGACAUGUGUAUUCUCAGAACUUCCAAAUUAAUCUACGUGGUUACGUUGCAUCACCACUAAGCGAUGGGCGUGUACAAUCAGACCCUAUUGUACCACAGUUUCCAGGAACAAUGCAACAAUCUCCGCGUGCCCAGAACUUACCCCUGUUAGGUAUAUUUGACAGAAAUAGUAUCGUUACCCAGACAAAUAUGGAGCAACCGAUAUCCAAUUUAAUUGUUACACAUGGUACCGUUGAGGAAUCAGAUACCUUAGAUGCUGUUAAAAGGGAUUAUCCAUAUUACAUAUUGCGAAGACCAAACAAACCACGUGUUCCUCAAAUAUCUGUUCAAGAUGCUCCUAUUACUAAUACCGACGACUCCAUUCUAAUAAUGCGAUCAGGAAGUCCUUUAGAGACAGUUGGGAACGAGACAAAACCGUAUUUGGAAACAAAUGACAUAACAUCACCUAUACCACAAUCAAACGAAACGUCAGCUAUAUCAUCAUCAGCUAACAAUUUAGAAAAUAUAAGUGAUGAAGAUGAUAAUAACGAUGGCACAGAGGACAUCUUGGAAAAUUUAAAUGCAGACGAUUUUUGGAAUCCUCUAAGUAAUAUUAAUCAAAUAUCAGACCCAGAAAAUGACUCUCUAAGCUAUAUUGGCAAAAAUAUUUCAAAUGUAGAUAAACCAGAUCUUAUAUCUGAAGGAGAACCUGGGGAUUCAUUAUCGAUUACAGUAAAUGGUAAUGACACCACGGAAGAACAAAUUCCCACUUCAGAAGAAACUGUAGAUAUUGAUGAUAAGUCAAAGCUACAAGAAAAUACAACGGAAGUUAAUGAAAAUAUCGAUGACCUAGUAGACCAGGAAAUGGUAGACGAUUUCAUUAACUCUAUAGAGGAUAUGGUAGAAUUUAUAGCACCUUUCGUUGAUUUAUCAAAUCAAACAGAGAGCGCAGAGACGUUUGAAGAUGAUUCAUCAGAAAGUACAACAAAUAUAUCUAACGAAGCAUAUAAUGUAAAUGAUAGUUCUAUUGACGCAGAUAAUAACGAGGCUAUGGCACCAAUUUACAUUCCAAAUAUAAACCAAGUACAAAAUAAUGAUACACCCUUCUGGUUUAAUACAAGUGAUGAGAACGCUUGGAGGAUAUUAACGCAAAAGAAUGACAGUAAUGUCUUCGUAAUCUCGCCGCAAGUUCGCGUUGAAAGAGAAAAAGUUAUAACAAUUCAUCCGAACGGUACUAUGGUGGAGGAAAUUACGGAGACAACAAGGAGGGAUGAUGGUCGAUUUGACGUGGUGAAAAGAACUAAAACAAUACAUCCAGAUGGAUUUGAAGAAAUAAAGAAUAGAUGA